AUGCGAAGCAAGCAAUCUUCAUCGCUGCAAAAGACAUACGAUGAGUGUUAUUUAAUAUGUUCGACGGCUGUAUAUUUCGAAGGGCAGGGUAAUGAGACAGAAGCUUUAAGAUCAUGGCGGUCGGCUCUCGAUCAAAUCUAUUAUCAUAAUGCAUAUCGAGUUCCCGCAGGCUAUACACCCAAAUCAGAAACCGAAAAGGCGUUGAAGGAUAGUCUGAGGUCGAUGGAAAUGCAAUGCAAAGAGCGUGUCGAUUUACUAGAAGCGCUAAAAGUCUCGCGGGAAGAGAAGAACAACGGAGAAAAGACACCACCAGGAGAAACUAGCAGCGGCAGUGGCAGUGGAAGGCUCAAGUCAUUUUUGAAGUCUUCGCGCGCUUCCUCGGAUUCUCAACGCCCUUCUACCACAAGUAUGAGUAACACAAUCGGCGAGGGUACAAUUCCCGCGGUCAAUUACGAUGGUCUUCCAAAACCGACCCCGCCUCCGUUACCCCAACGACCUUCGAUGGCUCCCAAAAAUAGCUCAGAGAUGGCGGUUGUUGGCGGUGGUAGAAGUGUGUCAAGUUCUUCGAUUGCAUUACCAACAGCAUCAUCGAGGCCGCCCGCUCCAACAUCUCAUCCAUCAGUCCCUGCACCACAACAUAAAAUGUCGAAAGAAUCAAGAAGUCCUAGCCCCGAAAAAGGAGGAAGAACAAUGCUUCAAACUUUAAGAUCUGGCGAUUCCAAGAAGAGUAAAAGCUCUCGGUCAAACAAAAAGAAAGAUGAGAAUCCUAUAACGAAUAAAGCUGCUACCCUGGCAUGGAAUACAAUGGGUAGAAAGGGGAAAGACAAGGACAAAUUGGGCCGUUCGCAAGAUCCGGAGACUGACAGUAGCACGACCAACUUACCUGGUGAGAAGCCCAGCUUUUCAGAUCCGUUCAAAGGGAAGCCAGUGCCUCCGAAUCCAGUCCGAUUUGAUAGCACAACAAGAACUCUAGUACCAGACGUACGACCACCGCGAAAAUCACCACCAGAUUUAUUGACAGGCUUGAACGGCUUGGUCGGGGCUACAGGUCAAUCAAAUGGAUAUCCUUUUCCUCCAACAGAUCCAGGUCAACCAGGUGCCGUUGCUGGACAUUCCUUUACCACUGCCACCAUGAAAGACAUGAUUGGACUUGAUUCUCCACUUAUACCGCAACCUGUUGAGCCUAAUUUCGGCCCAUCGUCACAACCACGACCAGCCGAACCUUCUGCUACCACGUUCUCACAGCUCAAGAAGGGACCUCCGCCACCUCCACCUCACUCAAGACCACCAGGUAAAUUUGAACCAUUAAAAUACCCGACUUACCUCCAAGAGUAUCCUGAUACAAUUGCCAAGAAAGGCAACCCAGACAACCUACCGGUACCUCAACGUAGGAGACCAGCUCCCAGAGUAGAUUCGAACGCCGAUCUUUCAACCUCAUCAAAUCGCUUGCAAAGGAAACCUGUAUCUGCAAACACUUCCUCACCAAGACGUGUAGAUGAUAACAAAAAGUCACGAGGGAAGGAACUUAGGCGAGUACACGGAGAUGAUACUUCGUCUCAGAGUGCGAAUGAUGAUACCAGUAACGAAGAAUUGCGAACUCGGCCUAAAAGAAAGCAAAAACAGGUGGUAUCGCCAAUACUUGUCGACCCUACAACCCCAACGUCUGAAGAGUCUAAUGACUCUGCCACGGAUAGGGUCAAGAGUGCAUGGGAUGAGAAAGUUAAACAUCUCAUGAAGAAUUUGCCGAAAGGAGUUGAUGAAGGCGCUGCUAAACAGAUUUUUAAUGAGAUUGUAGUUCAAGGUGAUGAGGUACAUUGGGAGGAUGUUGCUGGUCUGGAUGUUGCUAAGAAUGCGCUCAAAGAAGCCGUUGUUUAUCCUUUCCUACGACCGGAUCUGUUUAUGGGCCUUCGCGAACCAGCUCGUGGUACUGGUAAAACUAUGUUAGCAAGAGCGGUCGCCACCGAGUCGAAGUCUACUUUCUUCUCCAUCUCAGCUAGUAGUUUGACAAGCAAGUUCUUGGGUGAGUCUGAAAAACUUGUCCGAGCAUUGUUUUCUCUUGCAAAAGCACUGGCACCAAGUAUCAUUUUCGUUGAUGAAAUCGACUCUCUUCUUUCUGCACGAUCUGGAGGAGAGCACGAAGCCACAAGGCGUAUUAAGACCGAAUUUCUUAUUCAGUGGAGUGAUUUACAGAGAGCUGCAGCUGGUAGGGAACAAACAGACAAGGAGAAGGAAAGGGGGGAUGCUAGUCGAGUACUAGUACUUGCUGCAACAAAUUUGCCUUGGGCAAUUGACGAAGCUGCAAGACGAAGAUUCGUGAGAAGGCAGUAUAUUCCUUUACCUGAGGAUGACACCAGAGCCAAGCAACUACAUACUUUGUUGGGACAUCAAAAGCAUGGGUUGAAAGAACAUGACAUUGAUCAGUUGGUCAAACUGACCGAUGGAUUUUCGGGAUCUGACAUUACGGCAUUGGCUAAAGAUGCCGCUAUGGGACCUCUACGAUCUCUCGGAGAAAAGCUUUUGGAAAUGACCAUGGAUGAUAUUCGACCAAUGCAAAUUGAAGACUUCCAAGCUAGUUUGGUCAAUAUUAGACCAAGUGUAAGCAAACAAGGACUACAAGAAUUCGAGGAUUGGGCAAGGGAGUUUGGUGAACGUGGAGGUUAA